CUAGAGCAAAUCACAUAUUGUAUCACUUACAAGAUAUAACAUCAUAUGUUUGCUUUCCUAAAUCAGUGUAAAUGAAUCAGAUUUCCCUGUUUGUUCUCCUGAAGCUCUGCUGCCAUCAGUGAAAGACAAAGACAGAGUUUAUUGAAGGACAGUGAGAAGAUGAGUGAUACAGAACCCUGCAGAAUUAAACAGGAAGAGACUGAAGAACUAAUAGAUGUGAUGGUGAAGAAGGAAGAACUGGGUGAAGAUGAGGAGAAGCAUCAUGUCAAAAGUGAAGAAGAAACUCACAUAAAGAUCGAGCAUAGCUUUUCAGCGGAAAGAAAAGCUGUAAACGGUAUCACCUGCACUCAGUGUGGAAAGAGUUUCAAUCAGAAAAACAAUCUCACUAUUCACAUGAGGAUCCACACUGGAGAGAAACCGUACACAUGCACGCAGUGCGGGAAGAGCUUCAGACACUCGACAUCGUUUAAUAAACACAUGAUGAUCCACAAUGAAGAGAAUCCACAUGAAUGCGAUCAGUGUGGCAAAACAUUUCCAAAUAACUUCGAGCUGAGGAAACAUUUUAGAGUUCAAACAAACGAGAAGCCUUAUUCGUGUUGUGUGUGUGGAAAGAGUUUUACACGACAGUCGCAUUUGAGGAAACAUCAGAAGAUCCACACUGGCGUGAGACGGCAUAUGUGCUUCGAGUGUGGGAAGAGUUUUAUUAGAGCUGCAGACUUGAGACGACACCAGAUGAUCCACACUGGAGAGAAGCCGUACGUGUGUUCACACUGCGGCAAGAGCUUCAGACAUUCAGCACAUGUGAAAACACACGAGAGGAUUCACACUGGAGAGAAACCGUACUCAUGUAGUGUUUGUGGGAAGAGUUUCAGACGCUCAUCAAAUCUUAAUGAACACAAGAUAAUCCACACCGGAAAGAAAACGCACAAAUGUGAUCAGUGCGGCAAAACUUUUUUGAGGCCUUGCGAGCUGAAGGAACACGCUAGAGUUCAUACAAUGGAGAGGCCUUAUUCAUGCUCUGACUGUGGAAAGAGUUUUAAAAAUGUGUCAUAUUUAAAUAAACAUCUGAAGCUCCACACUGGCCUGAGAAAGCAUGAGUGCUUUGAGUGUAAAGAGACUUUCAUUUAUUCUGCAAGCCUGAAACGACACCAGAGGACUCACACCGGAGGGAAACCGUACACAUGUACUCAGUGUGGGAAGAGUUUCAUACAAUCAUCGCACCUUAACAAACACAUGAAGAUCAACACUAGAGAGAAAACACAUAUGUCAUCAUAACAUAACGCAACACUUUCCUUUAAGGGUAUUUAAGUAGCACAUUUAUCUAUUAGGUGACAGGACGACUGGUUGCCAUCAUUCAUUCAUUUUCUGCCGCUUUUCCGGGGCCGGGUCGCGGGGGUAGCAGUCUUAGGAGAGAACCCCAGACUUCCCUCUCCCUAGCCACUUCCUCCAGCUCUUCCGGUGGGAUCAUGAGGCAAUCCCAGGCCAGCCGAGAGACAUAGUCCCUCCAGCAUGUCUUGAGUCUUCACUGAGGCCUCCUCCCAGUGGGACAUGCCUGAACACCUUCCCAGGUAGGCGUCCAGGAGGAAUCCGAAACAGAUGCCUGAGCCACUUCAGCUGACUUCUCUCGAUGUGGAGGAGCUGCAGCUCCACUCCGAGCUCAUCCCGGGUAUCAGAGCUCCUCACUCUACCCAUAAGAGUGCGCCCUGCCACCCUGCGAAGGAAACUCAUUUCGGCCGCUUGUAUUGGAGAUCUUGUCCUUUCGGUCAUGACCCAAAGCUCAUGAUCCUUGGUGUAAGUAGGAAUGUAGAUUGAGCGGUAAAUCGAGAACUUUGCCUUUCGGCUUAGCUCCUUCUUUACUACAACGGACCGGUACAUCGGCCGCAUUACUGCUGUCGCUGCACAAAUCUGCCUGUCAAUCUCACGCUCCAUUCUUCCCUCACUCGUGAACAAAACCAAGAGAUACUUGAACUCUUCCACCUGGGGUAAGGACUUUCCUCCAACCUGGAGAUGGCAAACCACCUUUUCCCAGUGGAGCACCAUGGCCUCGGACUUGGAGGUGCUGAUUCUCAUCCUAGUCGCGUCACACUCUGCAGCAAACUGCCCGAGUGCAUGCUGAAGGUCCAUCUUCGAUUAAGCCAACAGAACAAAAUCGUCUGCGGAUAACAGAGAUGAAAUCCUGUGGUCCCCGAACCAGACUCCCUCCAUCCCAAGGCUGCAUGUUGAAAUUCUGUCCAUAAAAAUUAUGAACAGAAUUGGUGACAAGGGGCUGCCCUGUCGGAGUCCAACAUGCACUGGAAACAAGUCUGACUUAUUGCCGGCAAUGAGAACCAGACUCCUACUCUGUUCAAACAGGGAUGAGACGGCCCUUAGCAGAGCGCCUCUGACCCCAUACUCCCCGAGCACCCAAAAAUGGAUUGCAAUCCAGCGAAAGAUAAAUGCGGUACAGGGAUAUUCUUCUCCAGAGCACCUAAGCACACAGCUAAAAUAACAAAGGAGUGGUUUCACAACAAGUUCUAGAAUGGCCCAGCCAGAACCCUGACUCAAACCCAAUUGAGCAUCUCUGGAGAGACCUGAAAAUGGCUGUCUACCAACAUAUAUCAUCUUACCUGCCAGAACUGGUGACGAUCUGCAAGGAGGAAUGGCAGAGGAUCCCCAAAUCCAGGUGUGAAAAACUUGUUGCAUCUUUCUCAAAAGACUCAUGGCUGUAUUAGAUCGAAAGGGGGCUUCUACUAAAUACUGAGCAAAGGCUCUGAAUACUGAGGACCAUGUAAUAUUUCAGUUUUUCUUUUUUUAAAUAAAUCUGCACAAAUGUCAA